ACACACACACACACACACACACACACACACACACACACAUGAACUAUCACGUGACACAUUGUCUGUGACUCCAUGACAGUAACCAUGAAGAGACGUGUAAAGCAGAUAAGAUGACCUUUGCCAAUUCUGCAACACUGGCGUAGAAGUCCUCUGAACUGGAGAAUUUCUACGGUGGAAUAAUGAUGAAUGUCUUAAUUUCUACAAGAUGGAUUUGGUCGGCAGAGGAGACACACAGUAAAGACACAGUCUGACUCAAAUCUGUUGUUCCUUUCCCAGUGUGGGAAUUAACUAGUAAUUAAACCCCACACAUGUCUGAAGAGCAGCCUUACCAGUGUUCCUUGACUAUUUAAACUAAUUAAACUGAGCUCAGAACAGCCAUCAGUAGCACAGAAUUUUGUGCGGUAUCAUCUUGCAAGUACCCUGGCUAACACCAGACCGCUUAUUAAAUCAAAUUUACCAACAGGUUUGUCUGGGUUAAUCUAGGCUACCUUGCAAGUGUGUACGUAAACUGAGAUGGUAUUGAGUGUCCUGAGGAACUACUUCUGUAGACAAAUUCUGCAGUAAGAAUCUUGUUAAUUCAAACCUGUGCAAAUAGACUGUAGACGUAAGAGUAUACGACAACAUUGACUUUUAUGCUGAAUGUAUGUUGUAAUUACCCUGUAUUGAAAGCAAGUGUUGUUAUUAUACAGUAUUCAUAUCUAAAAUCUAAUGUCUGUGAAAUCUUUCACAUUAUGCUUUGGCUUCUUGUUCCAAACUGCUGUAUUGAAUGUAUACACUGUUGAGCAUUGUAAGGGCUUGGACUUAACUUAUUGAUCACAUUAAGUUUAAUUUAGUUUGUUUUGUAAAAUGUACAACAGGAAUCCUCCAUUUUCUUUUUCUUCUUCAGUUAGGAAUUCAUAGGAAGCAGACAUUUCCUCCUCUGUUGGUUUUGGUUCCCUCAGUUUUAUCUUUUAGUUAAAUAGCAGAUUAGAUUUAAACACUUUUAUAUCAUAAAGGCAUCUUCACCAAUUCUUUAUGUGGUUUUGUUUCUUUACUACAGCCCAAGACUAGACUGUGAAAUAUAAGUUGGAAGAAGUUAUUAUCAUGGAUAGAAGUGGUUCUCAUUUGUAAAAGUGUAUAUAGAUGUGCCUAUAAAUUAUUGACCAUGCACCAGGAGUACUACCAGAAUGGCAUAGCCUACCAUGCUUCAGCUAAUGUGUAUAUUCUGGCAUGUGGUAGAAUUUUAAAGCAUUUAUGAUUUUACUAAUAUAUCAGCAUUGUUAUAAUUUGAUUACGUCCUCCACACUUUACAGCUUGAUGACCAUGUGUUCAACCUCUCUGAUAUUGCUAAGUCAUGCUGUAUAAAUCGAAAUGGCUCUUCAUGCGCCUGGCUCUGUUUGCAGUGACACUUUUGGGUAGCAGCAGCACAGCACUGGUUACAGUGUUCCCUAUUUGGAACACUGUGCAAAAGCGGUAGGGCGGAUGGACAUAUAAUCCUGAAUGAAAUAAAAAGAAAGAUGCAGUAAAGAUACAGUACAAAACUCCAGAUAAGCCUUGCAACCAUGUCAUUUUAGGUGCUUGUGAUAAGACUGUUGUGCUGGGCUUUGUGUAAGAGCUUGAUAAGGGCCAUUUGACUUGAGGGAACUUUUAGGCGUUUCUUUGGCCUGUGUUGAAAAGUGUGGUCUUACAAUGCUGUCAGUCUGUCAUUAACUUGUAGACACGUUUUGACAGUGUUGCUGUUUGUUGUCAUUACCUGUGUGGGUAAUAAAACACUUACAUUUUAACCUGCGUGUGUGGAAUGCUGAAUACGGUGUUUGGAGUUUGAUCCUUCGUUCCCUGGGUCCAGUGCAAGUGUUUUAGUUCCCAGAAAGAUGUUAGUUUGCUGGAGGCCCAGCGACAUCAUGUGAACCCCUUUAGUCUCAAGGGAGGGAGACACAGGGAUUUUAUCCGACUGUGACUUUAACAGAGGCCGUUUCUGCGCAUUGUUACCUGUUUGCCAAAGGGACACAUCAUUCCAGAGUCAGAACUGAACACCUCAGAGGGCAACCUCUGCAACACGCUGGGGUGUGACAGUGUGACCUUUAACACGUGAACCUGGCGUGAUACAAACUCCCAAAGCCUUGAUCGACAUUUGGACUGGCCAGUAUGGAGUCCAUCAAUAGCCCCAGCACCACUGCUCCUGUGGUGGAGACCAGUCCUACGUCACUGGCCACAGCUGACAUAGUGGUGCUCAUUCUUUACUUCGUGCUGGUGCUAGCUGUGGGGUUGUGGUCAAUGUGGAAGACAAAACGAGGCACCGUUAAUGGAUAUUUCCUUGCCGGCAAAAACAUGACAUGGUGGCCAGUAGGAGCCUCCCUGUUUGCCAGUAACGUGGGCAGUGGCCACUUUAUUGGCCUGGCAGGCUCAGGGGCUGCUGCUGGCAUUGGUGCUGUGGCCUACGAGUGGAAUGGGUUGCUGAUGGUGCUACUCCUGGGUUGGCUCUACCUACCUAUCUAUGUGGCCUCUGGGGUCACCACCAUGCCUGAAUACCUACAGAGGAGAUUUGGGGGAAAGAGAAUACAGUUAUUUAUUGCUGUUUUGUACUUAUUCAUUUAUAUCUUCACAAAAAUAUCGGUGGACAUGUAUGCGGGCGCCGUGUUCAUCCAGUUGGCCCUCCAGUGGAACAUCUACCUGGCAGUGGUGGUGCUCCUCAGUAUCACAGCUCUCUACACGGUGGCAGGUGGCCUUGCAGCAGUGAUCUACACAGACGCUGUCCAGACUCUCAUCAUGCUGGUGGGAGCCUUGACACUAAUGGUCUUCAGUUUUGCGGAGGUGGGGGGUUGGCAGGCCCUCCUGGAUGGCUACCACUCUGCCAUCCCCUCCAUCAGAGAACCCAACACCACCUGUGGAAUCCCGCGGGAGGACGCCUUCCACCUGUUCCGCCACCCCGUCACCUCUGACCUCCCGUGGCCAGGGGUCAUCGUGGGCAUGACCAUCCCAUCCAUGUGGUACUGGUGCACUGACCAGGUUAUAGUCCAGCGCUCCCUGGCGGCUAAGAACCUGAUCCAUGCUAAAGGCGGCUCUCUGCUGGCGGCAUACCUGAAGGUCCUGCCCUUUUUCAUGAUGGUGCUGCCAGGCAUGAUCAGCAGAAUACUCUUCACUGAUGAGGUGGGGUGUGCAGACCCAGACGUGUGUAAGGCGGUGUGUGGGAACCCAGUGGGCUGCUCAGACAUUGCCUAUCCCAAGCUUGUGAUGGAGCUGCUUCCCAGUGGUCUAAGAGGCCUGAUGAUGGCGGUCAUGCUUGCUGCUCUUAUGUCCUCCCUGACCUCCAUCUUCAACAGCUCUAGCACCAUCUUCACCAUGGACCUGUGGCGGCACAUCCGCAAGCGGGCGUCCGAGUGGGAGCUGAUGAUCGUGGGCAGAGUAUUUGUGCUGGUGCUGGUUGUUGUGUCCGUGCUGUGGAUCCCUCUGGUCCAGGCCAGUCAGGGCGGUCAGCUCUUCAUAUACAUCCAGGCCAUCAGCACGUUCCUGCAGCCCCCCGUCUCCGUGGUCUUCAUUGCUGGCUGCUUCUGGAAGAGGACCAAUGAGAAGGGUGCAUUCUGGGGUCUCCUGGUGGGCUUGAUUAUUGGCAGUGUGCGGAUGAUUCUGGACUUUGUCUACCCCGCGCCCCUGUGCUUUGAGGAUGACACCCGCCCGGCGGUGGUCAAAAAUGUCCACUAUCUGUACUUCUCCAUGAUGCUGUCGGUCAUAACCAUGGUCAUCGUGGUGUGUGUGAGUCUGGCCACUGAGGAGCCAACGCCUGAACAGAUCAGCCGUCUGACGUGGUUCAGCAGGUUUGAUGAGGUGAAAGUGGCUGAGGAGCCAGCGCACACAGACAUGGAGGCGCCCGAGAUGAAGGACCGGUCAGAGAAACAUGUGCAUGGAACCAGUGGGAACGGAGCGCUGCAUGAGGACAGGCGAGCCUCUGUGUCCACUCAGGCCAGUGUGUCGGCCGCCUCUCGGCUGAAGAGGACCUGCCUUUGGCUCUGUGGUCUGGACAAACCUCCCGAGGGGAACGGCUCGCCAGCGCCCCCGCCACCCGACGCCAUCAUCAACUCCCUGGAGGAGCAGCCCUGCAUGAGGGGGGUGGUGGACGCCAACCUCAUCGUGUGCCUGUCUGUCGCCGUCUUCCUCAUCGCCUACUGGGCCUGAGCGGACCGUUUACUAAAGGCUGAUAACCACGCCACGGGUUGACACCAACAGCUUGGUUGGAGUUAGAAGUGGUGUGUUUGAAGACGUCUCUGUAUCUUUUGUGUUUGCAACGGAUAUCAAAGGUUUUCUUAAGUCAUUUACAUACUAUGGUGAUUCUCCUGCACAAUGUGAUUGAGAAAUGAGCGAUGUACCAUUACUUGUGCAGACAGGAGAAAAGCAGCCUGUAGGUGGCAUAGCUCAACAAAUGUGAUGAUCAAAUAACAUAUGUGUGUAUAAAUAUUGACUGUGAAAGUCUGUGAAAAUGUAAGUAUGAACUUUGUAAUGUGCCAUGUGCCCCAUGACCCAUGCACGUUUUAUUUAUUACAUGUCAAUCAUUGUGUAAUCUAUACCACUGUUCAAAUUUGAUUAGUUUGCAGAUAACUGAUUUAACUUGAGUCAAACAACCCUUCAAAUAACACUUUCAGUUUUGCACUGUGAGCCAAAUAGUCUUUUUCCAUAUCCCAAACUUGGCUAAAUGGGAUUCCAAGUGGGAUGAGACAAACAGAGCACAUCUAUCAGGGAGGAGUAGCACUUUCACCUGUAGCACGAUCAAGGUUUUUUCAUCAGAAAGUUUUCAUUAAGUGUAAAUACCUCCCAGUUUGCCUAAAUUGUUUAACUUAUUAUAGAAAGUUGAGGCAUUUUAUAAUAUCAUAACAGGUUAACUAAAAGUUAAGCAGUGAUUACUUGAAUGACAUUCUUUUAUUGGAUUUCUUUUCAAGCAUUUGAACAGGUUAUAUGUGCAUAGAAUGGAAAAAGAUUGAAAAAACAGCUUUGGUCACUACCAUUGCAAUCAUAGCAAAACGAUCA